AGUCAAAGGAAGCAAGCACACACACUCAACUUUUGUUCUAACAGACAUGCCUAAAGAAUCAGUUGAAGACUGGGCAAUUGAGAAACUCAAGAAGCUGCUAGCGCUUGAUAAUGAAACUCUUACAAUACUUGUUCAUGGCUUACUUGACGCGCCGGAUCCAGAAUCUACUAGAGAAAAGUUUUAUGACUGGCUGGGCCGUUCAAAAGCUAUAGAACAGUUUGUAGAAGAACUUUUGGCAAGGCAAUUUCCAAAUGCCGUUUCUAGCGAGAAAAAUACAAAUGGAGGCACCAGAAGCACAUCUAAAGCACUCUCUUCAAAGGGUGCUUCUAAAAUAUCCGGUAAAACUUCGACGAACUCCCGAUUAAGACAAGGUUCUCGAAAUAAACAAAAACAGCCAGUUCCGUCAGCGUAUUCGGGCUCUCCUCAAGUUCAAAAGGCAAAUAUAGUUCAACGAGAUGAUGAUGACUUAUAUCGAGUAACUGGUAAAGGAAAGAAAGGAAAUAACCCAGUCGGCCCAAAAGAAAGCAGCACUUCUACUUCCACCGCCAUCUCUUCCUCGGCUUCAACUUUGUGGGAUAUUCCUGAGCCUGCAUCAGCUAAGAACAGUGAACUGGAAGCGGCACCGAAGAAAGUGCAGUCGAAAUCAACUACAAGCACACGCGGAACCUCCCAUGGACCGGGUGUUCUUACGUCUGAACUCGGACUUAAAACUAAAAAAUCACAAUCCAAAGCGAAACAAAACCCCAAGACCUCCCAACGCCCCGUACGCGCAACCAAGCUGUCCGAUAUUGAACUAGCAAUUCGAGAAAUUGAACUCACCCAGGCCUCUCAACAGCCAGAAUCACGCAAAAAAUGCGACUGUCAAGCACGAAAACAUCCUCUAAAUGAAGUUGCUCCCAAUUGUCUCCGAUGCGGUAAAAUCAUCUGCGUUAUGGAAGGUAUAGGACCAUGUACUUUUUGCGGAAGUCCUGUACUCAGUCGCACCCAGCAACUAGAACUUGUGCAGGCUUUAAAACAAGAAGAGCAACGUGAAAAGCAGAUGGCUAAUGAACGUCGCAAGAAAAAAACCAUUUCAAGCAAACAAGGUUAUCGCCCCCUCGCCAAUCAGGGUACUCAUUCUAUAUUUUUGGACCCAAAGGAAUUUGAAAAAAGUUUAAGUGAAGCCGAGAAGCGCAAACAACAACUCCUCAAUUUUGACAAAACGAUGGCCCGUCGUACCCGUAUCAUCGAUGAAGCCGCUGACUUUGAUGUUAGUCAGUUAGCUAACGACAAGUGGGCUUCUCCAACGGAACGUGCUCUAAACCUUAUCAAAAUGCAAAAGGCUAUUGCUGCUCAGCAGAAGAAAAAGAAACGUGUUUUGGCAAUUGACCUCAAAGGUAAAAAGGUUUCGGUUCGUGAUGAAGAAGAAUCUGAGGGAGAAGCAUCAUCUGAGGAAGACGCUACUGCGUAUUCAGCGGUACCACGAGUUAGCGAAAACGACACUCCAAAAGGAGCUAUGCAAGUACACAUUCCUCGACAGUUUGCUCGACCGAAGUUUCGUGAAAACACAGAUCACCCUACUGAAGGUACAGACAAAUCCACCAAAGAUUCAACGAAAACCGAGACAAACUCUUCGAUUAUUCCGCAAUCGCUAUUACAGCGUAUUAGCAAAAAAUGGUCUAUUGUUCAGGAUGAGUUUGAUGAUGUUUCAGCUAUUACCGCGUAACGUAUCUAUUAUUAUUCUUUUGAUUGAAGUCAAUCUUUUGCCCCGUCCAACCCUCAGUCACUUCCCUCGCUACCUACUAUUCCAUAAUACUAUAAUCAUAUACAUCACAUUCAGUGCAUCCUAAACAAAGUAAAUACAUCUAAUUUAAACGUGAGCAAAAGGAAAAGAAUGAGGAAGGGCCUG